CACACUGAUUUAGCCCAUGGAAAUACAUAACGCAUUCAGUGUUACUAUAAAGUUAUUACAUACCGGGGACAUUAACACGCAUGUUAUACACACCGUCCCUGCCUCCCAUUGAGCCGUUCAGCCCGGUGUGUGAGGGGGGCUGGACCAGAGGAGCAGGCUGCAGAAAGGAGACACAACUCUGGCGACACCUGCAAACAAACUCCCAACCGACUCCCUCCCGGACCGAGGAGACGGAUGAGGCCGAGGCGCAGCAGCAACGCGGAAAAAAGAUGUGAAAAAUUGUUAUUAGUUAUUAAACGGGGAAACCAGGAACAGAGAAAGUUUUCCAGGACAUAAAGUCGUGCAAUAGGAUCUGAGUGCACGGCAGAUCGGACCGAGUGCGUGUAGCUGAGAGGGAGACGACGCCAGGGAUCUGGUGGAUGGGGAGAAAAUGGAGGUGAACAGAAGAGAGGUGCCUCUUUAUGGGCAGGUGGAGGCCAACAUCAGGUUACAGGCCAACGCUCCUGAAGAUGCAGAGUAUUAUGUCGUUGUACAAGGUUCAAGACUUACACAUGUGACUGCUGCAAAAAGAAGAGAUGAUGGGCUGACCCUUUGCUUCACCGUUCCCGGCCAUGACCUUGUGGAAGUUGUCUCUGUCACAUCUUACUUUUACGCAGAGGACCAAGUAAAACCAUGUGAGGGUGGAACAUCUCUUGAAUACCUCAGGGACGUUGCCCAGGAAGCAGCAGAGUAUCUGAGUGCACACAGGGACCAGCUCGGGCCCCAGAGCUACCUAGAAGUGCUCAAGAGGUUUCCCACGUGGGCGCAGGCAGCUGAUCAAGAGCUCUCUGUCGGAGGGUUAGACCGUGAUGAGGAGGAUGUGCGGCACAAAGAUAGUAGAGGCGGCGAAGCUGGUCUCGGGCAGCUGGAUGAGAAGAUCACACAGGCUAUGGCCAACAUGGAUUACCCUCAGCAAUGGAAAAACACUGACAGUCAGCCAAGGGAAGCUGCUGAGCUUCAGGCCAAAGAAACCCUGCUUCACCUGGCGGUGCGUUUGGGUUUGGUCCAUCUCGCCCGUUUCUUAAUUCACCAGCCCAGAGGUCAAAGGACAUUGACCUUACCCAAUCAGGAGGGAGACACACCACUCCAGCUGGCUCAGAAGGACGGACAGCAUACCAUGUUCAGGGUGCUGGCAGCUCCUCCAGGUCCUUCGGUCGGCCCUGCCUCAGGUGUGUGUAGUGUGUGGUCCGACAGCUUGUGCAUGCUGAGGUUUUGUCCUUGGAUGAACUCCCUGUCCCUGACUGUACGACAGGCUCCUGGCAGUUGCCCUCAAGACAGCAUCAGGGUCCUACGGGACAAACUGGUAGACCACAGCAUCCUCAAACUGAUCAGUAAACUCAGAGCUGAUACUGAGUUAGACAAGAGAAGCAAAGAUGAAGUCCUGUCUAAUGAUGAAGGCGUUAGCAAGGAGCUCCGAGUGGAAGAGCACGUGCUGGUGGACAAUGUUUUUGAAGAACAGCUUGUUCUGUCUUUGGAUGACGACGAUGAUGAUGAGGAGUACCCAUCCUCAUUAUCUGUAAAUGGACAUCCCAUGAAGUCCAGUGGAGCCCAAAGCCAGUUCACCCAAUGUGCAGCAGACCCUCUGCUCUCUAUGAUGAAUAGCAACGAGCAGACCAUCACACAUCCGACACAGGCGGAGGAUGAUGACCUGAAGUUCAGCGUUAGUGGAGUGACAAGGGACAGCACGGGGACAGAUAGCGGGUUAUGGGACACGGUGGAUUCACAAGAUCUCCUGCUAGCCACCGACACUCCUCCACCCUAUUCAGAAAGUUUCUUCUCACACUCUAUACCCUGCUCGCCCCCUGUCUCACCCUCUGGCCAGGCCCUCGGCAGGCUGAACCGUCCCAUCUCCUUUGAGCCAACCAAUGAGAGAGACAGUCCGCCCAUGGACACCUGCGAUCUCAGUCCCAGUCUAGUGGCUCUGGAAGUGGACAGUGAAGAGGACAUCACUGAGCCAAAGUCUCCGCUUUCCCCACUCUCGUCAGACGUUGAGAAAAGGGAAGCCUCUCGUCCCUCGCCCGACCUUACUUGCACUCGCAGCCAGUCUGCAUCCUCAGCAUGUGAACCCACCACAAAAGAGUUGGGUGACCAGGGGAUUCGACUGCGUUCCUAUUCCUACUCCUCCCCCAAAAUCAGUUUGCGACCUGCUCGUUUUGCCCGGGAAAAUCACACUUCAGACAUCAACCCAGAUGCCGUGCUCCACAGUAUCAGCCACAGCCGAUCUCUCCUUCAGGCCCUCUCUCUGUCUAAAUCUCUGUCUCUGCUCCACCCUGGUAAGCAAAGAGCCUCAAGUAUUUCAGAGCAGUCACAUGAGAAAAGGGAGAUUAGGUUCCGUAAGCGAGCCCAGUCUGCUGAUGAGGAGGGCAGCAUGGAGCUGACAGAGUCCCUCCAACAUCUCACGCUAUCUGAGUUCCUCAAAGAGAUUGAAGAAGAGGAGUUGGAUAAGUACAAUAUCCCAACCAAGGUGGAGUCAGAGAAGUACAAAGUCAUUCGUACCUUCAGUUUUCUCAAGAGCAGGAUGUCCAGCACACGCAACAAGACCAAGGGGAAGGGGAAGGACAGAGAAACCAAGGAUAGGCAGCUGAAUGGACAUCGGUUUGCGACAGGGUCCUGUUUAGGCCCCACCAUGUGUGUGGUAUGUGACAAACCAGCCUCGGGAAAGGACCUGCUGCAUUGCUCCAGUUGCACUGCCAUCGUCCAUAAGGGAUGUAAGGAAUCUGUUCCCCCAUGUUUGAAGAAACUUCAGGAUAAAUAUGCAGUUACCAUGGUGAAGAACAGGACAGCAUCCCUCCCACAGAAUUUCACAGUGAGAGAAAGUCCUCCUCAGUGUGUCAUCCCCAUCUCUACCUCUCUACCUGUCAUGACCCCGAAGGAGAAGAAGGACACAAUGAGCCAGUCAAGCUCUCUCUCCGGAAGUUUCCCCAACAGCGACAGUCGGCUAAGUGAGAGUUCAGAGACAGAGUCUGAUGCCGUGAAGGGGACCAGCCAUUCAGAAGAGCCGCUGCCGACUCCGGCGUCCUCCACCUCCACGGACUCAUCCUUCGGAGAAGACUGUGUGGACGCGUAUGUCCAAAGUGACAUCUCCGCUGAUGCAGUGGAUUACGAGGCAGAGUCGUGGAGUCUGACAGUAGAGCACAAGUUCUGCAAGAGGCAGGAAAAACGAGCUGUCAAGAGGCAGGAUGUUAUCUAUGAGCUGAUGCAGACUGAGCUUCACCACCUACAGACGCUACACAUCAUGGCGGAGGUUUUCCGGCGAGGUAUGAGGGAGGAAGUGCAGCUAGACACAGAAGCGGUGAAGCGGGUCUUUCCCUGUCUGGACCAGCUGCUUCUCUUCCACCACACCUUCUUCGCUGCCAUGAAGGAGCGGCGCCACAGCUCAGCCCAGCCCCAGGGACACAGGAACUACCUCAUCCAGCGAAUAGGAGACGUCCUGCUCCAACAGUUUUCAGAUGAAAAUGGUGAGAAAAUGAAGCAAGUAUUUGGAGAAUUCUGCAGUCGUCACAACGAAGCGGUCAGCUUUUUCAAAGAGCUCCAGCAGCAUAACAAGAGAUUUCAGAACUUCAUUAAGCAACAAGGUAAUAAUUCUUUGGUGCGACGGAGGGAGAUCCCAGGGUGCAUCUUGCUGGUAACCCAAAGGAUCACAAAGUACCCAGUGCUGCUGGAGAGGAUCUUACAAUAUACUCAGGAAGACACAGAUGAGCAUGCCGACCUUUCUAAAGCCCUGGCUCAGAUCCGGGAGGUGAUAGCAGCCGUGGACUUGAGGGUCAGUGAAUAUGAGCAGCAGCAGAGGUUACAGGAAGUGUGGAACCGCAUGGAGAACCGGAGCUCAGCCAAGCUGAAGAACGGACAUACCUUCCGGAAGCAGGACAUGAUGGGGCCUGGACAAACACUCAAACACCAGGGCCUGCUCCUGUGGAAGACUGCCACUGGUCGACUGAAGGAUGUCCUGGCACUCCUCCUCACAGACACACUCAUCUUCCUUCAAGAGAAAGACCAGAAGUACACAUUUGCCACGGUGGACCAGAAACCUCCAGUCAUCGCCCUGCAGAAGUUAAUAGUGCGAGAAGUAGCAAAUGAAGAGAGAGGGAUGUUUUUGAUCAGUGCAUCAGCUGCCGGGCCAGAAAUGUACGAGGUCCACACGUCAUCCAAAGAGGAACGAAACACUUGGAUGAGGCUCAUUAGAGAGGCUGUAGAGAGCUGUCCGGAGGAAGAGGAGGGAUACACAAGUGAAUCUGAAGAGGAGAAGAGAGCUGCUGAGGCUCGGAUUCAGAAGAUCCAUAAGCUGCAAGAGAGUCUGAUGAACCAGGACCAGCAGAUCUGCUCCAGCCUGGAGGAGAAGCUGCAGAUUUACACAGAACUCUCUGCUCUGAGUGGGAGGACUGACGCUUCGGUAGUCGAACCGCGACUGCUCGUACAGCCGCACUCAGAGGAGCUGCCCCAGGCUGCCGUGCUGCUGGCUGCAGCUCUGCAAGAGGUUGAAAACCUAAAAUCCACGUUGUCAUCCAAGACCCGUUCUCCCUCCAGUCACAGCCCGGACUCGGACACAGACUCUGUGUUUCCUGUCAGCCCUGCUACAAGUGCAGAGCUCCCCUCAGAUUCUUCUGAGCCCUCACCUGAAAACCCUGAGGGCAGUGAGGGGAGUUGGACUGAGGCCCUUGCUCUUCAGUCCCCAGCUGACUUGCAAAAAACGGACACAGAUGACACUGACUUGAAGGUUGCUCAAAGCGUCCAAAGCCUGACCCAGUUACUCUACAGUCUGCAGGCUGCGGUGACCAUCCAGGACAGCUGCUACGAGGUCCAGAGGCUCCUCCUCCAAGAGACCGGGCGUCCUUCUCCCCGCACACAGCGAACCUAUCUUCCAAACGUCCGGGGCAACACCUUACAAGAACAGGAGAAGCAGCGUAACCUGGAGAAGCAGAAGGAGGAGGUGGUGGCGGCUCAGCGGCUCCAGGACCGACUGCGCCAGGAAAAGGAACGCUGGGAGAAGGAGUGCCAGGCCAGGGAGAGCCAGCAGGGGGAGCAGGAGAGCAGGCUGGAGGAGAGGGAGAGGCAGUGCCACCUGGAGGCAGAGAGGCUGAGGCGGGAGAGGGAAGAGCUGGAUGAGCAGCUGGAGGAGUACCAGCAGAGCCUGGAGCGGCUCAGGGAGGGCCAGAGGAGUGUGGAGAGGGAGCGCGAGCGCCUGGAGAACCAGCAAAAGCUGCUGCAGACCUGGAGGCACGGCCGGCAGAGGAGCCUGCCCACUGUGAUCCCUCACAUGGUCAUACCUCUAGAUGGGCAGCAGGACUCGACACCAAGUCAGCCAAGAGAGCACGCUGGUAACGGCUCCAUGUUUGUGAAUGAGGCUGCGUUCGCCAGCACCAGCAUCAACAACCGCCACGUCCACCAGAAAAGAAAUGACCCCAGCGCACACAAUUGUCUCAACACCCUGCUGGCCAGAUCCAACAGCAGACAGCCCCCCAUAGCUAAGACUCCCCAUAAUCCACACUCAGACUCCCAAGGAUGGGUGAUGGGGACAGGGUACCUCUGCAGCCCUGCAGGAAGGCUGGGACUGCAGCACACACCCACUGAUCAUAACAGUCACAACUACAUUGGGGAGACCUGGUCAUCAACAGCAAGCGGAGCUGAUCCGUAUCCGGGGCGCCCACAUCCCAGUGACCCUCAGCUGGACUUCAAUGCGCUGGUUUCCUUGGAGACUGACAGCGGUGGGGAGGAGGGCAGGGAGGAAACCAUUGUGUACCUCUGAAUAUUGAUAAAUAUCAGACUCCAAAAAGCCAACCCAGCGCCUGGAGGAAGAUGAAGACAUUCAUGAAGCAUCAGGAUCGGGGAUCGGGGCAGCUUCAGAAAGCAUUUCUCUUUAAAAAUGUAUUUUGAUUUUUGUAUAUUUGAAAGAUUGUUGUGUGACCUUUUUUUGUUUUUUGUUUUUUUGUGAAGUGGAGAGUUACUGGAAACACGCAGAGAGAAACAGAGAUAAAGAAACUGAGGUUGUUUCAAACUCAGUCUCACAUGUGUCAUGCACCUUAGCUCGAGGCACCACAGGGUGUUCAGUAUCUCUUUAUUUUCUGUUUUCUGUUUUUUUUGUGUGUGUGUGUGUGGUCUUUAUUGUCUGCAGCCACACCUUUCCCCGCUCUCUGCUUCCCACUGUCCCACCUUCACUGCGUUCCUUCCUCAGGUCCCACAUAUCUCAUCUCUCGGGCUCUAUAUUUAUUAAAUUUACCACAGAGGGAGAGGCAGUGUAUACCCAGUACCAACACAACAUCAGGGUGCAUCUCUCCAGUGGGUGAUAGUCUUGCCGUGGAGUAAACUGCCCCUCUUUCAUUUAUCAGACAGGUUAUGUUUAUGUACAAGCGAAGCAUAACGCAAAGCACAAAACCUUAGAAUUGAAAGAUGAGGUGCGACAGCGUCAAUCCCACGUUUCCCACAUUGUCAUCAUUUGUUUCUUUUUAUCUGAAGCUUUUCUUGUUAGGAGAAAUAAGCGCAGAUGCGGAUUUAAAAAAAAAAAAAAGCCAGAGAAAGCAUCUGUUUCUGCAAAAUGGAAGUUGUGGUGCAGGAAAAAAACAAAACAAAACAUACUGGUUCCAGUUUGGUUCAGACCGUAGGGUCCAGGCUGAAAUAUCUCUUAAACCACUGGAUGGAUUGCUAUUAAAUGUUCUAAAGAAAUUUUCUAAAGACAAUCAUGGUUCCCAGAGGAUAAAUCAACAAUUUUGUCUAUGACCAAACACCUGCAAAACAAAUGGCAUUCCCAUCAGUGUCAGCUGUACUUUGUGUUUACCGCUAGUUAUGAAAUGUCAUGCUAACAUGUGAAAGAAAUGAUCAACGUGGUAAAUCAGGAUGGCAGCAUUGCCACUGGAAGCAUGUUAGCAUGGGGACAUUAGCAUUUAGCUCAAAGUGCAUUGUGCCUUACUACAGCCUCACUGAGCUGCUCUUUACAAGUUGAUGAUAUCCUGAAAAUAUGUUCACAAGCAUCUGGAACAAUAUGAAGUUGCCCCGUACCUGAUGCUGUUAUUCUUAACACUAAAUUAUUACACUUGAAUAUUCAUGUAGUAUCUACUUAUUCUCUCUCAUGGGCAUUUUGUGUAAAGAGGUCCCUGUGCCAAUGCUAUAGGUGUCUCUUGAUUAAUUGGUUUAUUUGCUGUUGUAGUCUCCUAAUGGGACAAUAAGGCAGUGGAAGUAUUUAAAUGUAAUUUUAGUACCAUGUAUAUAUGUUUGUGCUUUUAUUUAUUUAUUACAGUACAAAAGAGAUUCAGCAUUCUGCAGUGCUUUGUGAAGGGUUGUAUUGUAAAUAGAAGUGUACCUGUGUAAACUGAUGAACAGGUGUGUUUUCUUGUUGUGUACUCAUGUGCUAUAUAUUCAGACACAGCUGUAUUGAUAAAAUUGCUUUUAUUGAACGUGAAAUAGUGUUUUGUUUUUCUUUAGUUUAUUACCCGGGGGUUUG